GGCUGGAAGGAGCUCAGCGUCUUGGCACAAGAGUGUCAAUGAAACCUAGCAGUCUAUUUUUUUGAAUUGUUACUCCUCAUGGCGGCUGUCUGUUGUUAAGUAGUGGAUCGGUGCUGUGCGGCAGCAUUCCGGAGCCAGGUGACCUGCGGCUGGCCGUGUCGCCUGUCUGCCUAUUUAUGUGCUUGUGUCUCGGUUGCCUAUUAAGGGAUUUGCAGGGCACGGAGGAUCUGAGCCGGGACUGGUGAGCUGGAAUCAUGGGGCUGCAGCCCUUGGAGUUCAGCGACUGCUACCUGGACAGCCCCUGGCUGAGGGAGAGGAUCCGCUCGCACGAGUCGGAGCUGGACCGAACCAACAAGUUUCUUAAGGAGCUUUUAAAGGAUGGGAAGAACCUCAUUGCUGCUACAAAAAGUCUUUCCACGGCUCAGAGAAAGUUUGCCAAUUCCCUGCGAGAUUUUAAGUUUGAAUUCAUUGGCGAUGCAGAGACCGAUGACGAGAGGUGUAUCGACGCUUCUCUGCAGGAGUUUUCUACAUUUUUACGAAACCUUGAGGAGCAGAGAGAAAUCAUGGCUUUAAGUAUAACCGAGACCCUGAUUAAACCCUUGGAGAGGUUUCGGAAGGAACAGUUGGGAGCAGUUAAGGAGGAAAAGAAGAAAUUCGAUAAAGAGACAGAGAAAAAUUAUAGCAUUUUGGACAAACAUUUAAGUUUGUCAGCUAAGAAGAAAGAACCACAUCUGCAAGAGGCAGAUUGCCAAGUGGAGCAAAACCGACAACAUUUUUACGAGCUGUCGCUUGAAUAUGUAUGUAAACUGCAGGAAAUCCAGGAGCGGAAAAAAUUUGAGUUUGUGGAACCUAUGCUUGCAUUCUUUCAAGGGAUUUUCACAUUUUACCAUCAAGGAUAUGAGCUCGCUAAGGAUUUUAAUCACUACAAACUUGAGUUGCAAAUCAACAUUCAAAAUACACGGAAUCGUUUUGAAGGAACACGGUCAGAGGUUGAAGAACUCCUGAAGAAAAUCCAAACAAAUCCACAGGAGCAUAAAAGAGCCGGUGCAUUUACAAUGGAAGGUUAUUUAUAUGUACAGGAAAAACGACCUGCUCCUUUCGGAUCCAGCUGGGUAAAACACUACUGCACGUAUAAAAAGGAUUCGAAAACCUUCACCAUGUAUCCAUUCGAGCACAGAUCCGGAGGAAAAAUUGGCGACGGAGAGAAUUUCACUCUUAAGUACUGCAUCAAACGAUACACAGAUUCUAUAGACAGGAGAUUCUGCUUUGAUGUUGAAGCUGUAGAGCGGCCUGGUGUCUUGAUUACAAUGCAAGCUUUUUCAGAAGAAGAUCGGUGUCUAUGGAUGGAAGUUUUGGAUGGAAAAGGAGCUGGCUUCCUCACUUUGAGCAGAUCUACAAGGAGAACUGAGGGUGGUGCACAACUAGACAAAAAUGGUCUUGAAAUUGUGAAAAACUGUAUCCAUGCUGUUGAAACUAUGGGUAUUAAUGACCAAGGACUGUACAGGGUUGUGGGGGUGAGUUCAAAGGUCCAGAGACUUCUGAGUUUGUUGCUGGAUGUGAAAACGUGUGAUGUGGACCUGCAUAGUGGAGAGUGGGAGGUGAAGACUAUCACUAGCGCUUUGAAGCUAUAUCUGAGAAGCCUGCCAGAACCGCUGAUGACAUACGAGCUGCACGAACAGUUCAUCAAUCCUGCCAAAAGUGGGAGCCCAGAAUCCAGGGUGAACGCCAUUCACUUUUUAAUUUAUAAACUUCCUGAUAAGAACAGAGAAAUGUUGGAUAUUCUCAUCAAGCAUUUAGCCAAUGUUUCAAAACAUGCCAAGCAGAAUUUGAUGACUGUCGCUAAUCUUGGUGUUGUGUUUGGUCCGACAUUAAUGAGGCCUCAAGAGGAAACCGUCGCAGGCAUUAUGGAUUUGAAGUUUCAGAAUAUUGUGGUGGAAAUCCUGAUAGAAAAUCAUAAGAAGAUAUUUAGUAACCCUCCUGAUGACUCUGUGGGAGAGCCGCUAUCUAUGUCCAUAUCUCCUCCGAGUGCCCCUCCACGGCAGUCAAGAAGACAACGUAACAAGAGACCCCUUGCUGUAUACAAUCUCUGCUUGGAGCUUGACAAUAUUGAGAAUAACAGUCCUCCCAAGGAAGAUACACCCACCGGUAGCAUAGACUCCCUUUCUCCGCAGCCACUCACGCCAACUGUGUGUCCUAUAACUGAGGAGAAGAAUCACCUCUCGGCAGAGAGUGCUUUGGAUUGGGCUAUCUCUCCGCCUAGCCCGGUUCAUUCUGCAAUGGUAUCAUGGAUGAAUAGCGAGCCGUGUGCAUCGUCAACAGAAUCUGCCUUUCCAGCCAAAGCUGCCCAGUCACGACAUCCGGAACUUGAAGAGGCAUCCUCUCUUCUCGCGUCUCUGACUGCACUAUGUGACAAGCCAGAAAGCACCUCUUAUAGAAAGGCAAAAGCUGUAUUUCCCUGCGAAGCAGAGCACAGCUCAGAGUUAUCUUUUCAAGUAGGAGCUGUAUUUGAGGACGUUCAUUACUCAAGAGAGCCAGGAUGGCUUGAAGGGACAUUAAAUGGCAAAACUGGACUUAUUCCACAGAAUUAUGUUGAAUUUCUCUAGCCAUACAUGUUAAAUGCUCUAAAGAUGUUCAUGGUAUCCAUGGGUAUUCCACUCCAGCCUCUGUCUCCCCGUCCCGUUAUUGACUGCUUUUCUCGCUGCCACAACAUUGGUAGAAAAGAAAAAAGAAACAUGGGGGGUUCUUUUAUGAGAAGAUGUAUAUUGCUGCAAAACUGAGAUUACAUGUUUUACAAAGAUAUUUUAUUAUACCGUUUCUUUUUUUUUUGUGCUUUUAAUUUUUAUCAACCACCAUAAGUGAAAUAUUUGAUUAUCUUAUAUGUCACUCAUUUUAAAAUUUCAUUCCUGGUUAAUGAGACUGUUUUUGUGCAAUUAUAUUUAAAUUAAGAGUAAUGUAUUGCCUUUUGAGUGCAUAUUUACUAGUUUUACACGCAUGGAUUCACGUAUAAUAUAAAAUGCCACAGCUUUUCCAGGAGCUGUUAAAAACUGAUGUAGCACAUUUUCACCUUUUUAAGGGCUUUUGAUGCAAUAAUUGUAUACACGUUGUAAAGGUGGGCUCACGUGCAGUUUACAAAUUAUUUUGUAUUUUCUCUUUUUUCAGUCUGCUUUACUUCACACACAUGGUGUCAGAGGAGUAUAUAAAGUGUAUUAUGUACCCAUCUGCCUCAUCGGUCAUUGGAAUAUGUUUUUUAGACAUUACGUUUAAUUCUUAUUGUUUUGUUUUUUCAUUUUGCUUGUUUUUCCACUUGUAAUGUGUUAAUGUUUUAAACUAUAGUACUGCCAAUUUCCACUUUUCCCAAAUAAAAUGUUACUACUA